AUGGCGUCCACAGACGACAUGAUCAUGGAUUCUCUACAGGAAUGGAAGCAGCGUCUGAGUCCUCUAAGAGUUGACAUCGUUGGUGACUUUGCUGGGAAAGAGCUGUUCACCAUCCAUGGAGAAUCCUUGGUGGCUCACUGUCUCGCGUCUGCAAAUGUCGACUAUCUCGCCGGCUUCCAGCUACUUCAUGCGGUACAUGCGAUCGAGGCCUUCCUGGCCAAACUCAAGGAGCGGGGAUGCAACUUCCACGUCCUGUGGUUCGACAGUCACCAAGACCUAGCGACACCACCUGACUCUCCAAAGGAUCAAUCUUACAAAUACCUCUUGACGCGUGCUGUCGUUAUUGAGCACUUGCGAUGUCCCAAACCACAUCCUGAAAUGAGUCUCGACGAUCGCGGCAUUGACUCUCCAAUGAGCUACGUGUUUCCUUCCAUCACGAGCUCCGAGUUCUUGGAGUACACCAAUCACCACCGCUUUCACUUUGUCAUGAUGUCCCAAGGCAGGUCUUCAGAUUUAGACACGACAAAGGAGGGGAAACUGUUGAAUAUUAUGUAUCUGUUUGGUCUUCGCGGCUACAGCUUGGCUUUCAUCGACGACAUCGAGUUUCGAAGCUCCAAGGUAUAUUCUCUCAUUGCAACAGCACCGACCUCGGCGACAUUGGUACCAAUUAUAGAGCCAACACCGGCGACGAAACCCGAUCCCGGCUGCCGACGGACCAUCGAACGUCUCCAGACCAUACCAAAGCCUAGUGAGUGGCGAAUGCUUCGAUCUGACGGCGAAGUCGAGGCCCAGGAAGAAGUAGCGGUCACUACUUGCGCAGUCUUCUUGUCGAAUAAGGCCUCUUUAGAUGUACACAACCACAGACUAGUGGCUGCUUUCCUCUCACACAUUGCUCUGCUGAAGCACGCAACGCUCUUACAACGACCCGUGGAGGCUCCACUCAAGCUGGAGAAUUCUUCGGGCAUCGAGGAGUUCCUCGCGACUUUUGCUGAAGUAGCAAUUAACCUGAUGCAGCAGUGGCCCAGAGGAGAAGAAGGACAAUACCUCAAUUGGAGAGUCUGUGAUCUCAUUGACGGUCGACUCUACAGUCAGGUCUUGGAGAGACUCGAAAUACUCCAACUCCCAAGUGAUGCCGCAUCUGGGUAUGCAGCAGCUGUACGGCGAUUGUCCGGCGUCGACGUAUCCUACUGCAUGCCGAAUUCCGUUCCACAGAUCAAAAGUGGCGCAGGAACACAUCGCGUCAGCUACCGAGCCCCAGACACCCAGUCGAUCCUUGCAUUCAGCCAUCCCGUGUUGGAUAAGUAUCUGGGAGACGUCAAGUUGACAAGCCAAUUCGUGAUGGAGGAUGAAAGCUCUGAGUCCAAAAUCUUUCAAGAGCUCUCUCACUGGCACAAUUCGAAGAAGAGCAUCGACCCCAAGCAUAUCCCAAAGCGUCGAGGAUUCUUCGCGAGCAAGAGGAACCAGAGAUACAUGGCCGACACGAUUGCCUACUCUGCCAGCCUUACUAAUUCUACUGGAAAAAGCAUUGACCCUGAGACGAUUGUCGCCAAGAAGACAGACCUUUCAGCCAGGGUCAAAAAGCAAGCCGGCACGGUCAGAAGACAAGGUCAAUCGAUCAAAAGUGGUACAGAGAGUGCACUUGAGACAUCGAGGAGAUUGAGGGAGGAGAGGACUCAAUCCAGAACCACGGUAGUCAUCAAGAACUGGGGAGAGAAAUGCCGGGACUUUGAUAGGAUCCCGUCUGUCCCACAACGCUACUUGAGGGUCAAGAGGUACUUAUCAAGUCUUUCUCCAGAGGACCAGAAGGCUGUCGGCGGCGAGAUAAUGUUGUACAUGUGCAACAUCCUUGGCCUCCAACUUAUUCGUAGACCCCCGAAAAAGGCUUUCAGCGAUUCAGGUAUGGGCAAGCGUUAA